GGAAGGUUGAAGAAGAAGAGUUGAGAAUUAAAAAAUGGAGGAGACGACGAUUCCUUUCAAGAGCUUACAUAGCAGAGAAUAUCAAGGUCAUAAGAAGAAGGUACAUUCAGUAGCUUGGAAUUCGAAUGGAACAAAGCUUGCUUCGGGUUCUGUUGAUCAAACGGCUCGCAUUUGGAAUAUCGAACCACACGGUCAUAGCAAGGCUAAGGACCUUGAGCUAAAGGGUCAUACUGAUAGUGUGGAUCAGCUAUGUUGGGAUCCCAAACAUUCAGAUCUUGUUGCUACUGCCUCUGGUGAUAAAAGCGUUCGUCUUUGGGAUGCUCGCAGUGGAAAAUGCACACAGCAGGUAGAACUUAGUGGAGAGAAUAUAAACAUCACCUACAAACCUGACGGGACACAUGUAGCUGUUGGUAAUAGGGAUGAUGAGCUUACAAUUCUGGAUGUCCGUAAGUUUAAACCUCUACACAGGCGCAAAUUCAAUUAUGAGGUUAAUGAGAUUGCUUGGAACAUGCCUGGAGAUUUUUUCUUCUUGACUACUGGACUUGGCACUGUUGAAGUUCUUUCAUAUCCAUCUCUUAAACCACUUGACACUCUCACAGCCCACACAGCCGGGUGUUAUUGUAUUGCAAUUGAUCCUAAAGGGAGAUAUUUUGCUGUCGGGAGUGCGGAUUCCUUAGUAAGCCUUUGGGAUAUCUCAGACAUGCUUUGUUUGAGAACAUUUACCAAACUUGAGUGGCCAGUCAGAACAAUAAGCUUCAACUAUUCGGGAGAGUAUAUUGCUUCAGCCAGUGAAGAUUUAUUCAUUGAUAUUGCUAAUGUCCAAACCGGGCGGACGGUGCAUCAGAUUCCAUGUCGGGCAGCCAUGAACAGUGUUGAGUGGAAUCCCAAAUACAAUUUACUUGCAUAUGCAGGUGAUGACAAGAAUCCCAAGUAUAAUACUGAUGAAGGUGUUUUCCGGAUAUUUGGUUUUGAGAGCUCGUAGGAACAGAGCACUGAAUCGGGAAACAUGAUACACAACUCCACUUGAUUGUUCCUUGUUGAGUUAGAAAAAGUUUAUGUGCCUAGUGUACCUAAAUAUGUAUUGUCAGUAUAUCAAGUUGGAAUAAUCUUACAGUAUCACUAAAUACAUUGAAAGUUUGCAGUUCUGAAUCUGGCAUUUUAUUUAUUGCAAAAAUUUGUUACUAUACAAGCAAUGUUGUUUAUUAUUAACGAAGAAUGAAAUUAAUAAGAUCAAGAUCAGAAUUCUAAUCCCGAA